UAUUCAGAGCUUCUGUUUUACUUCCGGUCACAACGUCAACUCCCCUUCUUCACUAAAUUUUCAAUAAUAUAUUUAACAAGAGACUGUAAAAUGAGCUGAAAGAAUACACACAACGAUGAUCAAGGCUAUUCUAGUUUUCAAUAAUCACGGAAAGCCCAGGCUUUCUAAAUUUUACCAAUAUUUCCCAGAAGAUGUUCAGCAGCAAAUCAUCCGCGAAACAUUUCAUCUUGUGUCUAAACGAGACGAUAAUGUGUGCAAUUUCCUGGAAGGAGGAACGUUGAUAGGGGGCUCUGACUAUAAAAUCAUAUACAGACAUUACGCCACUCUGUUCUUUGUUUUCUGUGUGGAUUCUUCAGAGAGUGAGUUAGGAAUUCUGGACUUGAUACAGGUGUUUGUGGAAACACUAGACAAGUGUUUUGAAAAUGUUUGUGAGCUGGAUCUCAUUUUUCAUGUGGACAAGGUACACAACAUUCUGUCAGAGCUUGUGAUGGGAGGUAUGGUCUUAGAAACCAACAUGUCAGAAAUCCUCACCAGAAUAGAGGAACAGAAUAAACUAGAGAAAUCAGAGGCCGGGAUAACAGCUGCUCCUGCACGAGCCGUGUCAGCAAUGAAAGAUAUGAAUCUUCCACAGAAAAUAAAGGACAUUAAAUUACCAGAUCUCCCUAAUAUUCUGAAAAACUGACCAUGAAGACCCUCUAAAACACUGACCAUGAAGACUUAAAAAAAAUGACCUUCGAAGCAUUCUAAAAAAACUGACCGAGGAAGCAUUCUAAAAAAAAAAAAAAACUGACCGUCAAUCAUGAUAGACUUAUAAGCAUAAUUCAUAAUCCUGGAUGUUGUGACUUUGUUAUGAUGUUUUGUCAUUUGUGUUCAUGGUUUAUAUCAGAAUUUGUUAUUCAAAGAAAACCAAAUUGAAGUGCUAAUUAAAUUAACAAAAAAAGUGAUAAAACUAGUUUUACUAUACAGGAAUUCAGUUUGCAUUUUUAUUUAAUAUGAUAUUGUGUUCAUGCAAUAUUGAAUACAGCAUACUGUAAACCAACUAUUAUUCGCAUCAACUUUAAUUCGCGAUCGUCAGAUUGAAAUCAAUCCGUGUCGAUUAAUUUUCGCAACUGAAAAAAUAUUCUCUUCAAUUACAAAGCAAAAUAAACACUUCGCAGCGAUUAAUAUUCGUGAGUAACAGUAGGUUGCAAAACUGGUGGAUAUUUCUUGCACACGACUAAAAGUUGGGUUACAGUACUUAAAAACAGGAGUAUGAAAGUAAAAGAUAUUAAGAGUCAUGAAAAGACUUUUUCAGUUUUACGUAGGGGAACAAUAAACAAAUUAACCUGGAAUCUAGAA